AUGGCCUCUUUUCGUUCAUCGUCUUCAUCCUCCGCCCUGUCCCUGCAGCCACAUUACCCUACUUUACCACCCUGCUCCCUGCCAGGGCCCCCCUCACCCGGCCCCCCUCACCCGGCCCCCCUCACCCGGCCCCCCCACACCCGGCCCCCCCUCACCCGGCCCCCCUCACCCGGCCCCUCCCACCCGGCCCCCCUCACCCGGCCCCUCCCACCCGGCCCCCCUCACCCGGCCCCUCCCACCCGGCCCCCCUCACCCGGCCCCCCCACACCUGGCCCCCCACACCUGGCCCCCCACACCUGGCCCCUCUCACCUGGCCCCCCCUCACCCGGCCCCCCACACCUGGCCCCCCUCACCCGGCCCCCCCACACCCGGCCCCCCUCACCUGGCCCCCCUCACCCGGCCCCCCUCACCCGGCCCCCCCACACCCGGCCCCGCAGGCACAACCUUUUGAGCUCCCCUCACAAUAAUGACGCCUCCGACAUAAUGAAACAGGAAUAA